AUGUCCGCUGGAUACUUCCCGAAACGCGAAAAGGUAGGCCUUGAAGACCUCUUCAAGGGCCUGGUUACAGCCUGCCAUAUCCUCCACAAUGCAAAAAUCCUAGACGCAUAUGGACACAUCUCGGUGCGGUCGCCGGAUAACCCUACGACCUUCUGGAUGCCUUGUAACAUGCCGCCAGCACUCGUCAGCUCACAAGACGAUUUGGUUGAAUACAACGUGGACGGUGCGGAGGCGGUCGAGAAGAAUGCGAAGCCAGGCUACCUCGAGAGGCACAUCCAUAGUGAGAUAUACAAGAGAUUUCCUGCCAUCAACUGUGUGGUGCAUAGCCAUGCUGCCGACGUGCUGCCGUAUUGUGUAAGCGGUGUGCCACUGAAGAACACCAUACACAUGGCUGGCUUCUUGGGUACCAACGUUCCAGUCUGGGAUGCCUCGAGCCACUACCCAUCAGGCUCCAAGCAUGACCUCCUUGUCCGCGAUAGUACACUUGGCUCGUCCCUCGCAGCUGCAUUUAAACCAGCAACUUCAACUGGCUUCAUAUAUUCAAAAGUACGCUCCGCUCUGCCGACGCAGCUCGGUGGUUCAUCCGCAGAGCCCAAGAUGGAGCCUGAUCACGCAGUUGUUCUGCUCCAAGGCCAUGGCUUUACGACCGUCGCGCACGGCAUCGAGGAAGCUGUCUACCAAGCGAUAUACACAAGGGAGGCAGCCACGGCGCAAACGACGGCCAUGACAAUAUUGAACGCCCACACCGGCUACGCGCUUGAAGGCAAGGUAGAUGUUCAAGCUGGUGGGAAGAUCAAGUCAGGACAUGCCAAGGUUGAGGGCGGUAAUUUGAAGUACUUGAGCGACAGCGAAUGCCAUGAUGCCUGGGAGUCGAUUUCAGGCACACUGACGAGGCCGUGGGCGCUUUGGUGCCGAGAGGUGGAAGUCAAUCCACUGUACAGAAAUGACUGCCCAGGUGGCGAUGAUUGA